UAAUUUAAUUAAUUAAUACUAAUCGGGUUUAUGAUUUUCUUGAUCCCGAUACAGAUUGCUCCAGAAAGACUCAAGAAGAACAAGAUCUUGCACUUCGAGAAAACCGACAACAGGCUGGCGAAUAACGGCCCUAUUGAGAUGCAAAAGCUUCGUUGCAAGGCAAACUACAACGCCCUAAAAUUCACCUCUCCGAUCGAGAAAAUCGGCAGCAAAGUCGUGAAGAUUUUACGCGAUAAAGGCGAGUUCCUAGUCCUGCACCUUCGUUACGAAAUGGAUAUGUUAGCCUACACCGGUUGCAACGAAGGCUGCAGCGUUGAAGAAGCAAAUGACCUGCAAGCACUAAGGUCGACAUUUUUUUCGAUUUUCUUUUUUUAA